CAGAAUAUCCAAAAUCUGGUUUAAACCGGUUUCUUUCUUAAAUUUCAAUAUAAGAACUUAAUAAAACAUAUAGAGCCGUUAUUGUAUUUUACGCGAACCGCGGCGAGGCGUGCACGGCACCAGCGCACUGUUUACACAGCUAUUCUCAUCCUCAUAUUUUUUUCGCGGAUUUUUUGCAGUCAAGAUGCCUAAAAGAAAGAUUGACGGAGAGAAAGCCUCCAAAGGCAAGGAGGAGCCAACAAGACGCUCUGCAAGGCUGUCUGCUAAGCCAGCUUCUGCUAAACCAGAACCAAAGCCCAAAAAAGCAGCCCCCAAGAAGGCGGCCAAGGGGAAGAAGGGCAACCCUGCUGAAAAUGGGGAUGCCAAGGCAGAUCAGGCACAGAAGGUUGAAGCUUCUGCUGAUGCCAAAUGAAAAGCUAAUGAGUGUCUGAUCCUUCUAUGUACUUGGUGACUGUACAGUUUGAAAUAACUAUUUUUUACCAAGUUUUAUAUUAAGAAUAACAUUUAUAGUUGACUUGUUGACUUGCUUUUGAUGUACUGAUUGAUUUGACAGGAGUUACUCUUUCAUUCAUAUCCAUUUGUAUCCCUUUUUUUUUUUAAAUUCAAGCCGUUAUAUCUCGCUGAACGAUUUGCCCUUGCUGAAUCUGUUUUAAAAGCGGUGAAUGCAAGUAUAUUGUCCUAAAUUUUGUGUAUUUCUCUAUCUUUCUUCCUUUCUUUCUUAGUUUAUCCUCGGAUUUUAAACACCAAACCUUCUCAAAGGCAGCUUUUAAGAGUGUUUCUAAAAUGUUUUCAGGAGGCUUUUCAUCCAUUUUGUUAACAUAAAGCUUACGAAUACUGUAUUUUCGUUUUUACAUUCUUUUUUAAAAAGCAGUUAUAAUGAAAUUGUCACAAAAAAUUGAAUAAUAGGACAACAAUGAUGAAUAAAUUUGCGACAUGAACUUUCAAUUUCCUUAGAGGUGUGUGUUCUGAACUUGUCUUUUUUAUUUUUAUUAAGUUAUGUUCUGAUAAAGUGGAAGGAUAUUCAGUGACUCUGAAAAAUGCUUUGUUUUAAAUGGUUUUGAAUAAAAAAAUCUGUCCUGAAUAAAAA